UAAUAUAGUUGGUUCAGAGUUCGUUAUGCGCGCGAUGGUGGCUUUCUGUACACCUGCUUCGCUGGGGUGCUGUUUCUCCUAGAAGUUUCCACUUCACAAUAACAGCACUUACAGUUGACCGGAGCAGCUCUAGCGGGGCAGAAAUUUGAUGAACUGACUUGUUGGAAAGGAGAUUGCAUGGCUGUGUGUUUGAUUGUAUACACAAUGUCAGCGACGGGUGUGGCUGAAAUAGCCGAAUCCACUCGUAUAUACAAAUGUAUGUUCAACACCAAUCAUCAAAAUGUAUAACCCCCACCUUACAACAGGCUACGUUACAGUUGUUUAAUCGUUGAUAUAUUACUGAACUCAGUGUUGGCUUAAUUGAGUAUUUAUACACUAAUAAUUUGGGACUGGAGUAGAUUUAGCCAGGGAACCAGUAGCCAGUAGGAACUUUCUAUGCACAGCAGUGUUUCCACUCGAACAGUAAGAGAAUGAGUACACCACGGUCACAUUGACCUGUCUACCGAACACAUAUAAAUGUAAGAAACAGACAUGUAUUCAAAGAAGUUUGGACGUCUCAUCUUAGGGUUUUGUACCCGCUGUUCAACAAGUGUGGUGAAUGGCACUCCUACUUCAACUCGGACUACAGUCAGCUGGACUUCAGUAUGUAAACAUCACACGCAGUUUCUGGAGCGUCGCUCUCAAAUGGGUUUCGCGCAUGUGAGGAUUCGCUCUGCCUCCAAGACCACUGUGGACCCAAAUGAGGUGAAGAGGUUCCAGCUUCUCGCCAACAAGUGGUGGAAUGAGCAGGGAGACUUCGCAGCCCUCCACUCAAUGAAUGACCUCAGGGUGCCUUUCAUACGGGAUAAUCUGUUGAACGCACAUGGCGGGCGGCGCCCGGGAAAACCACUGGCAGGGCUCAGAAUACUGGACGUAGGCUGUGGAGGGGGGUUGCUCACUGAGCCCUUGGGUAGACUGGGGGCAGAUGUACUAGGCAUUGACCCGGUGGCAGACAGUAUUGGGACAGCGGAGGUACAUGCGUGGCAUGAUCCAGACCUGCGUGGCAAUGUGCGCUACCGUGCCAUCACUCUGGAGGAGCUCUCUGAAAAGGGGGGGCAGGGAGCGGGGCAGUUUGAUGCAGUGGUGGCCUCGGAGGUGGUGGAACAUCUGGCUGACCUGGAAACCUUCACACUCUGCUGCAACCAGGUGCUCAAGCCAGGAGGCUCCCUCUUCAUCACCACCAUCAACAAGACCCAGCUGUCGUACGCCCUGGCCAUCGUGGCAGCAGAGGAGGUGCUACGCAUCGUGCCCAGCGGGACCCAUGACUGGGACAAGUUUGUCAGCCCCAUGGAGCUGGAGCGCCUGCUAGAGUCCAAUGGUUUCCAUGUGGAGUCUAUCCGAGGGAUGCUGUAUAACCCUCUGUCAGGGGCCUGGAGCUGGACAGAGAGCACCAGCAUCAACUACGCCCUGCACGCGGUCAAACUCGAGGAGGAACCGAACCUUGACGAGGACGACCCCGAAGACCCCACCGUGAUAGUGGCCCAAGCUAAGGCCAGACGCUGGUACAACUGACUUGACCGUGGGAGAGAGUUGUCAUAAGUGGUCAGCUGCAACACAGAUUCUCUGAUCUCUGAAGGGAAAGGCAAUGGACCUGAAAAACACAAAGCAUUUGAGAAAGUUAUAGUUCAGUGCUUGAUACAAAUACAUAGUGUUUUCUUUCAGCCAGGCCAUGAUUAUUCUGUGAGUUCACAGCAUAAUGAGUCCCUCUGAAUUGCGUGAACUGUUUAAGGUUUCAAGGCUUGUCAUUACAAUGUCAUCUGUUAUGGUAGAAGUGUUCAUCACCAUGAUUGACAUCUCAGGUCUCUGAUUUACUAUUGAGCAGGAUGUUUUCUUCAAAUACAGUCACAAUGUCUUCAUCAAAAUCCAUUGUAUGGAUAUUGUUUGUCUUGACAUGCUUAUUAUAUCCUCCAUUAGGAAAUGAAAUGGUUUCCUUUAAUAUUCUCUGAUCUGACGAUUAUUCCUCUCUAGUGUCAUUUCAACAGUGUGAAGAUAUAGUCCAAAUCAGUGAUGUGGUGUUUCAGUUGUAAAUCCUGUGCUGAAAUUCAGGAUCUGAGGGCUUUUUAUAUUAGAAAAGUCUUUGGAUUUUCUGUCCACAUAUUUCCUGCUAAUCCCUGAAAUAUAGGAGGGGGAGAUCAGGCUGCUUUCGGCCUUUUCUUGCUCUCUUUCUCUCUACUCUGUAGCCAUGGUGAUUUUGAGAUUAUAAUUGGCUUCUGGCUGAACUAUUACAUAAGACCCAAACAAGCCUCCAACUAAAAUCAUGCUUGCAAGUUAUUAUUCAAAACAGACACAAUCAUUGGCCGGAUGUUUCAAGAAGUGCAGUCACAGUAGUGUAUUUGAUCCUCCACAGAUGGACUGUGUGUUUCUGUCAUAUUUUUCCAUUCGCCCUUAUAUGUAGACAAGGCCCAGGACUAUGUGCUGAAAUGUAAAAAGGUAUAUGUUUUUUUUUACCCUCAUGACACAAAUGUUGUUAUUCUAGUCACAUGCCCCACUGGCUUCUAACAAAUUGCAUUUAAAAGCUGCUCAUUUUAUGUCCAACUUGGAUUAUGGGUCGAUGUAGGCUGUAGAACAGUCCAGGGCUGGUUUUCAGUCGCAAACUUAAACAGAAUAAGAUUGCUCUGCCAUAAAUUUAGCAGACCAGGAUGAACAUGUACAAUUUGUCCAAUAGACUGUAGUCUACCUCCACUGACGUGAGCGACGCUGGAGUGCACACGCUUGCAGUAUGGCUGUGCAGUAAGGAUAUUGGAUGUAUAAGCAGGAAGCUAUAAUAAACGGAUUAUUGAAUACGA